ACAAAGCUCUUCCCCAAACCCUCGUUCUCCUCCUUUCUCUUCCCCCUUUCCACCUACAUGCCCAAAACCCGGGGUCUCCCACCAAAAUGACGAUAAAAAACCUCUUAAUAAUAAUUCACAUAGACCUACUCCUCCCACUAGCCGUUUUCCUGAACCUGUACUUAUACUUCUACCCCGUCUUCCACUUCUGUGCCUUCACGCCUCAACCGGACGGCAGCUCGGCACCCUUCCGCCUGCUAGCGUUGGCAGACCCACAACUGGAGGGCGACUCGACAUUGGAGAAGUACAGAACUGCCCGGUCGGCGGAAACAACAGACACAUCCUCUCUAUGGGACUAUGUGCACCCUACCGACAUCGGCCUCACCCUCCGCGGACUAGGCAAGGUGCUGGACCUCUGGGGCAACGAUCUCUACCUCCGCCAUGUAUUCCGCAGCACCAGACAGUCGCUAGCGCCCACCCACACGGUAGUAUUGGGCGACCUGCUGGGCUCGCACUGGAUCAGCGAUGAGGAGUUCAAGAUCCGCGGGGAGAGGUUCUGGAGGAUCUUCGGUGGAGAGGAGGGGAAGGUUACGAGUGAGGAUGUGCAGAGACACGCGGGGGAUAUCGCCGCAGAUGAGGAGGCCAGGGAAGUCUGGCGAAAAAAGGUAAUCAUACUUCCAGGGAAUCACGAUAUCGGGUAUGCUGGGGAUAUGGAUUGGAGUCGGAUCGAGCGGUUCGAGGAGAUGUUUGGGGUUGUUAAUUACAUGGUCAACUUUAUGCCCAAUGAUUCCACUACUCCCGAUGCUGUCAGUGCUAGCAAUACCACCGGCACAACAACUCGAGAAGGACAGUCACCAAACAUCCCCCCAACCCUCCGCUUAAUUAUUCUAAAUUCCCUUCCGCUGGACUCCCCAGUAUUCGACCCCACGAUACAAGACGCCUCAUACGCACUCCUGAACCAAUCGCUAAAGUCCAAAUCCCCCUCCCUCCGCCAGUCCUCCCUCCUCCUCACGCACCUCCCCCUUCACAAACCCGCUGGCCUCUGCGCCGAUGCGCCACUAGUGACGCACUACCCGGCCCAUUACGGUGGGGGAAUAAGAGAGCAGAACCACCUCUCGGAAACCGUCAGCGAGCAGCUCCUCGGCUGGGUAUUCGGCGUGCCGGCUGGUGAUGAUGACGCUAAAGCGAAGGAACGUGGGAUGGUGCUCACAGGACACGACCACGUCGGCUGCGACGUACGCCACAACUGGGUCGGCGGAGAAACUGGCUGGAAUCGGAGCUCGUGGGAGGAGUGGAGGCAGCGGAAAACGCCAAGGGCUGAAGCUACCGAAGCUGUGGAGAGUGGCCCCGUUGAAGACGAGCUGGAGGGCGUGAGGGAGGUUACGGUGCGAAGCAUGAUGGGUGAGUUCGGCGGAAAUGCUGGGUUAGUGUCUGCUUGGUUUGACUUUGAAAGUGAUUGUAUGUCUCCCCCACCCCCUCUUUCUACCCACUGUACUAAUUCUGGAGCGAAUGACUGAAAGCCUGGAAAUUCGAAUACCAAACUUGCAAACUUGGUAUCCAGCAUGUGUGGUGGACUGUGCAUAUCAUCGACGCCAUCGUUGCCAUCACGGGUACCAUUUUGUUCAUUGCAUAUAAGCGUGAUGAGUUCAGGAAUGCGGAGAAGGCGGCGAUGGUGCAGGAAUUGAUUAACAGGGGUAAGAAGGAUGAGUAGGGUGGGGUGAUCAAGAUAAAAGUAUGAAUUUUGUUAUUUGUCCUCUCUUUUUAGAAUGCUUGCUUGCUUGCUCGGGGAAAGGAUGCACUACGGUAUUCUGUACAUGGUGGAAAGGUUAUUCUCAAAGAUAACAGGCAGGAUAUUAAAAGUCAUCACGAGAACAACCGCCGGUACAAAACGUACAUCAAUACCUGCAGACAGGAUUAAGCUAAAUGUCAAAGUCUAGUGCCCACGUUGCUCUCCCGCAAACCACCUCCACCCGCAACUGUGAGUUUCCCGUAAAUUAGAGAUUCGAGUGAGCUAUGAUGAUGAUGAUGAUGACCCACCCCAGCAAAGAGAUCAAGAAAAAAGAAAAAGAAACUUCCCUCCCAUCACUCACUCACUCACUCUUCCUCUCCAUCCACUUCUUCCCCGUCCAUUUCCCCCCCAUGCAUUUCUCCCCCAUCCCUCU